AUGGCUUCUGCAGCAGCGGUGGCUGUUUCAAAUCCAUUGACGAAUACUACGGAUGAUUAUGAACGAUGGUACACCGAACAGACGACCAGUAAUCGUAUGGUCCUGGCCCUCCGCUCAGGCAUACAUACCGAAGUCUCCUGGGCCCUCGACCGUUUCUGUCGCCUAUGCUGCAACGACCGAUGGUUCCUGCGCACUCUCCCCAACACGAUCGACGCCCUCUUCGAAUGGCCAGAAUGGUACAUCUCAAACUGCGCCAGCCCCUCCUCCACAUCCACCCUCUCCGCCCUCUUCUCCAUCUCGCCCGACGAAGAACGCAAACGCAAAUUCGGUCUCGAAGCGAUGUUCAUCAUGCGCAACGCCGCCGUCGGAAACGAGACGAACGCGCGCGAUCUCGCGGCGCACAAGCAGACUCGUCCGCUAUUGCUUUCUGCGCUGUAUAAUGUACACCCGGACGCGUCGGACGCGAAUACGGAGUUCUUGAUCCACGCUCUGGAGUUUCUGCAGUGCGUCGCUCCUUCAUUCACUCUACCAUCGCCUUCAGCACCGAAAGAGACGAACCCCAUCCCCGCGCUGGUGCAGAUCGUCGGGAACACGACGAAUAGGACGAUCAUCAUCGCCGCAUUGAGCGCACUCAACGCUCUGCUCGCAGAGCCUUCUGCAGGUCCGCACGUGAAGGCGGAUUCGCCAGCUUUGACGGCGGCGGUACGAUACCUCGCCCUGCUCACGGACAAGCAGCUCUUCGACGCGGCCGUGAAUUAUCUGUAUACGCAUCUAUCGCAUCCGCCGAUGGCGAAGGCGUUCUUGUUGCAUAGGGAUAUGCCGAGCACGCUCAAGUUGCUGGUGUGUCAGAUUAUUGCGGAGCAGGUGGAGGAUCAGGUGAGGGUGGAUGUGGGCGGGAAGGUGCAUACGGCGCCGGCGCAUGUUGUGGCGACGAGGACGUAUGAGCUUACGAAGGAGGAGUUGGACGGGUUGGCGUCGAUGCCGGAGCCGGAGCGGUGUUAUGAGUGGAUGCGAAGAAUGUUCCUCUUCGACCCAAAAAAGGAGGUGACGCAAGUCGAACUAUGGACUCUAUACAGGGAUAGCUUCCUCCCAUACCAAGACCGCCACCAACUGCUCGUCGCCUCAGAAGUGAUCAGGAACGUCAACUUCGUCUUUCCACUCGCACAAGCCAUGGUCAUCGAGACGACCAAGCCCUCGAGAUUCAUCGUCAGUGGCGUCGGUCGUCGACAAGUCGAUAACCCAAACGAACGAUUCAGGUGUCAUUGGAAUCGGUCGCAGUGCCAGGUCGCACCAUGGAGUUCUGCCGGUGAACUUUAUGAUCAUGUUUUGGAGCACAUCAACGGGAGUGGCGAGGGCCAGGAGCAGGAGCAACAAACAGAGACAGAGGGACAAUGCCAAUGGGCGACAUGCUCUCAGGGUGCAUUACCAAAAACACGACUCCGAGCACACGUCCUCACGCAUCUCCCAAAAGCACAACCGGACGCAAAACAUCCCGAGCAGGGUAACACAAUCACAUUACCCUCAGAAGACGAUCCAUACCCCACUCCCGAUCCAACGACACGUAAACCCCCACCACCUCGAUCCGCCAUCCUUUCCUACCCCGUCCCCCUCAUCGACCCGCCCUCGAGCGCAUUAACUUCACUGCUAUGCAUUCGGAUAUUAUUCCGCACGGCGUUCGCGACGGUCGAGGCUGCUCCGCGCGUCGAUGGGAAUCAUUUUGGGUUUCCGGGGGUCGUGGAGGAGGAGGAACUUGGGGAGGAGGACGAGGCGGAGGUUGUGGCGAUGGAGGAAGAGGAAGAGGAGGGCGCGAGGAAGGGGAAGAAGGCGUUUGUGGGCGUCAGGAGGUUGUUGGAGCAGGUGAGGAUUAAGGAGGAGACGUUGAUGGGGUGGAUUGAGGAGAUGGUGCAGGCUUCGCUGUAG